AUGGCGUCAAACACAUCCGCUGAUGCGUUUGAGAGGCGCACCGCUGAGGUCAAACGUGUUACCAACGAGACCAAGAUCGAGGUUUCGCUUUCAUUGGACACUCACCCUACAUUCGCGCCACAGAUCAUCAAUGUCAAGACUGGUAUUGGGUUUCUCGACCACAUGCUGCACGCCCUUGCUAAGCACGGUGGAAUGUCUUUGACCCUUGCUUGCGACGGCGACCUCUGGAUCGACGAUCACCACACCGCAGAAGACUGUGCGCUUGCUCUCGGUGCCGCAUUCAAGAAGGCGCUAGGCCCUGUGAAGGGUAUCAAGCGCUACGGAACCGGCCACGCACCUCUUGAUGAAGCGCUCAGCCGUGCUGUGAUCGACAUCAGCUCGCGUCCAUACUGCGUUGCUGAGCUCGGGCUGAAGCGCGAAAAGAUCGGCGACCUCAGCUGCGAGAUGAUUCCACACGUGUUCCACAGCUUUGCCAUGGAGGCUGGUGUGACGCUGCACGUCGACUGCCUGCGCGGUGACAACGAUCACCACCGUGCCGAGUCAGCUUUUAAGGCUCUCGCUCUGGCUAUCAAAGAGGCUAUUACCAGGACAGGAUCGGAUGAUGUGCCUAGUACCAAGGGCGUUCUGUGA